AUGCCCUCGCCAGCACCCGGCUCCAAUCUCUCAAGCCUCUCCUCAAACCCCUCCUUUAAAACCGCCCACUCAACCCUCACAACGCAAAAGGACUUUUCAUACCUACUACGUCCAGAGAUUUACCACCCACUAACACUUCUCGACGUCCCACCCCCCUUCCGCACCACCGCCUCGCAACCCGACCCCUCUACACCCUUAGAAGUCCUCCUAUCAGCCGGUCAUUUCCGCAGCGCCGCCAUCAAAGCCUCGCAACUCCUCACCGCCCCACAAGCACCGCCCACACCCACAAUAUUCUCACUCCUCUACAUUCGCCUCUCAUGUCUCACCCUCUGCAACCAAACACCGCUAGCAGCACAGGAAGUAAAAUGCCUCGAAGACCUAAACAGCUCCUAUUAUAGAGACGAUGAAAGCGGCGUCCAUCUCGUCCCGUGGAACCUCCGCGUCCUCGCCGUCCGCCUGCAGGGAAUGGGCUACGCGGACGCGCGACGCGGCGUGAUGGGCUUCUACGAACUAGCGAGGGAAGCUCGCCUGGCUCUUACGAGCCUCAAGAAAACCCUUGCGAUUUCUCCUACUAGCUCUAUUUCUGAUGAGAUAGCGUUAUGGGAAGAGCGGUUGAGCGAGCUCGCUAUAAGAGUAGCGAGUGCGCUGAUAGAAAUGCAAGAUUUAGAAGGCGCUGCACACUUUUUAGAUACUUCAUCUCCAACAUCAUCUCCAACACAAACUCUACCUCCACUACAAACACAAAACGCUCUACUCUACCUAUGUCUCGGCGACGUAGAAGCAGCUCGGUCUUGUAUUGACACCCCCACAGAAGAUGAUGCUCAAGACGAUGCAGGCAAAGUCAUUCUAGCGCUAGCGCAGAUGGCGGAUGGGGAGUUUGAUGCUUGUGUGCAGAUUUGGGAGGAGUUGAUUGCUUCUGCUUCUACAGGGGGAACGGAUGGAGGGGAGUUAGCGAUGUAUAGGCAGAAUCUUGCGGUUUGUUUGUUGUAUUUGGGGAGGAUGGAUCAUGCAAAAGAAGCCCUAGAAUCCCUCAUAGACGAAGGAAACAGCUUCCACGCGUUGACAUUUAAUCUGAGUACGAUCUAUGAGCUGUGUACUGAGAGGAGUAGGGCGUUGAAGAUUGGACUGGCGGAAAGGGUGGCUGGGAUGUUGGUUGAGGGACGUGAGGGAGAAGGCGAGGGUGCAGGGGUAGGG